GUUAGUUGCGCUGCUGCUGUCGCUGCUUUAUACGCGUAUCGUAUCACGGCUCACAGCUGAGAAAAUGUAGUUAAAUGCCACAGGAAUUAGUUUUUUUUUGUAGUUUCAAAAACUUCAAUGCAAGGAAUGUGCAGUUUUUGAAUUAUAACCAACAUUCAUCAAAGUGAGUACUGUCUGAAGUUGAUCGGCCAAAUUUUUUCGCGUUGAGUCAUGGAAGAAGGCGCUGAAUCUUCCUCCGCAAACGUCCCGGAGUCCCCGAAACCUUUAGCUUUUACGAUAGAUUUUGGCAAUAAUAAGGCUGUUGACACCCAGAGGCAAAAAGCUUUGGUGGAAAAACUAAAGAAUAGACACAAAAGAGGCCAGUCUCUGUCAAAGUUAGAAGAUUCAACAGCUACUACGACACCACCUUCUGCAAAACAACAUCCAUUAACUGGGAAUUUACCAAGGAAAUCUAGUUUCCAAUCCGAGGGUUAUUUUUCCUCCGACGAAAAACCAGAUCGAGCGAAAACUUCAAAGAGUAACUUAAAGCGUAGCGAAUUAACUUUGUUUCUAAAAAAUGUCACCUCGGAUAGAAUGACCCAGUCGUUUCCAAACCCCGCUUUGCCUAGCAUUUCAAGCCCAGAAGAAAUCGAACUGAAAGACGUCUCUAGUCCAGAGUUAGACCUGAUAAGCCCUUUUAGUCCUAGGGAUCAGUCCAAAACAUCUACAAACUCCAAUGUGAAGAAACCACAGUUUUCCAGUCCCGAAUGCGAGAAGAUGUAUAUCGGAGAUGACGAUAAAGAUAAUGUAUUCGUAGAUGGAGCCGACGUGGACUUUGACAAAUCGGACACAGCGAGCGACACUGGAACUUACACGUUGGACGCAGACAACUACUCGGCGGAACAGAAAGCCAGAAUGAGCAUAGACAAAGACUUCAAAAUCGAACAAGUGUCGGUGCAGAAGAAAACUGAGGAGUACGUCAAGAGCCUGUCAACAAUGAGAGACCAUUUACUUCAGAAUGCGUCGACGUUUGUAAAUAAACCUAUUUCCAAGGAAACCGAAGUUACCCAAGGUGUUCAAGUAUUGAAUUUGUUAGAUUCUGACAACGGUUUACAAUCGCCGAGGUCCCCCAACGUAAGAAAAUUUGAUAAACUUGCUUCUAUUGCUUCCCAACCGAAACCGUCUACGGGAAAAGUGCUUUCGCCUAUAAUGUCCCCUACGCAGAACAUGUCCAUUACACAGGAUGCCGAAGAAGGCAAGGACAAAACUCUCAAUAACGGCGAGUGUGAUGUGCAUAACAAGACUUUCACGAAAAUCAUGUUUCCUAGUCCUAAAGCUAAGCAUAAUGGCUUAGAGCAAGCUUUCGACCACGGCUCGGUUAUUUCAGUAACCUCUAGCGGCGCUUUCAAACCAAAAAUCGAAAAGAAGUUCGAACGAAAAUACAGUCUCUCGAAGUCCGAAGUGCAAGUUCAAGCAUACAUCGAUGGUAAAAAUUACACCGAUGGUAUCGUGGAACCGGUGCUUGAGGCGGAAGUGAAACGGAAUAAUCCUAAACUUACCGUGAACAUAGUGAAUGUGCAAAGUAUCGAAGUGAAGAAACCCAAUAUCUCCCUGGAUUCCAGCGGAGUGGUCAGUGCUAAUAUAGUGUUCGAAAAAGUGUCCAACAUAUCACCCGUGAGUUGUCAAACGUCUAAUUUGCCACCGGUGGUUGGGGGAUACUCCGGAAAGUCGUCACCAACAAAAAUUCCGUCUCCCAUACAUACGAUUUCUAGACCGCGUAGCCGUAAUAGUUCAAAUUCGAUGAACAUUGAAUUUUGCGACAGCAAUCUGGACACCGAUUUAAUUUUGAAACCGACUCAGAACUAUAUAAAUUCGCUACAGCAACGUCUGUCCCUUGACAGCGACGCAGACAGCGAUUACGACGCAAAAUACGGUAUACAAUUGAACAACACUGCACAUCUACUGAAACAGAAGGCUUCACACACCAGACACAAUUCUUUAGACGACAGAACCAUGAAUAUUUCUAACAAACUGGAACACUUUCAGAACAAGAACCUUCAAGGUAUUGACCAAACAUACACGAAUUUGUUUAAUCAAUACACCCAGAACAAAGUGAUCCAGAAGAUACAGAACUCCCCCAACAACUCCCCGAUCAAGAGAUCGAGUAGCUUCUCCACAAAGAACCAGAUCCACUCUCCAAAGAACACCAACGUUGUCCUGCCUCAGAAGGAAUCAAACAUCUGUAACUCGCCUAACCUCACGAGGAACUCUUCCAUCCAAAGGAGCUCCUCUACUGUUUGCAUAAAACCGAAUUACGUAUCGAACAGACGACCGAGCGUGGGCGACCACCGCAAGAGCGACAGGGGGCAGUUCGGCGAUACCGAGUCCAGUUCCGAGGAGGACUUCGAGAAAAACCUACAGAAGCGAAAAGAUUUGGCCAACAUCACCAACACGAGAUGCAACAGGGCCUUCAGCUUGAGACGAGCUCGAAUAGACAACGAACCCGCGCCGGUGAAAUGCCCGAAUACGCCGGAGAUGCGGAGGAAGACCUUCCACCACGAGAUGAAGCAGGAGAGGGCGAUUUCCGUCGACAGGAAACCGAUGAAGACGAACGACGUGCAGAGCAGGUAUUUGCUCAAUAUCAGUAAGAGGGGAACGCCGCCGCCCGCGUCGAAAGUGGAAGUGAAAAGUGUGCCAAAAGUGGGUAGCGCGACCAAAUCGAAUCCGAACAGACCGCAGGUCUUCUCGAGGACAGACAGCGGUAGAUUUAGUAUGCGAACGUCUUCGAAACCGCCGCUGACGAACAAUACGCCAAAGGGAUUAAAAAAGGAUGGCAGUGGGAAAAAACAAGGAGGUGCUCGCAGCAACUCGUCCCUUUCCAGCCGAGAGGUGGAGUUCCAGAAUUGGAAGAGGCGGAAGAGCUACGACCCCAUGAAAGCGGCCGCCGAAGGUAAGAAGAAGGAGAUUGCCAAGCGGCAGGUAAUGGGCCAGAACGUGAUGACUCAGUCAUACAUCGAGUCCAACCACAGCCAGGACAGCUCACCGUCUCAUUCUAGCUCUGUACAUCGUUCGCAGAGCUUCCACGGGACAGCUGCCCUGGAGCAAUUGUUAAGUUCGGAAGAGGAGGACUUGACCUUGUCCGCGGACGAGGGUUUCAGUCCGCCCACCCCCAGCCCUUGCGAAUUGAGCCCUGCCAGGGCGUCCCUGAGGCACGCCCUCUGGGAGCGGAUCCGACACUAGACCACGACUAUUCAUUGUGAAAUAGUCGGUUACCCCGUCGAAAUGACACGUCUGUAAGUGAAGUUAUGUAAUUAGCGAAUCUGUUAUAGCACCGUUUGUAUUUAAAUUUUGUGUACGUAGGUAAUGUAUCUCCUUUCGUUUUGGUACGGCGGUCUCAUGGUGAAUUUUCAUUUUCACACAGACAGAUGUUAAAAAAUUGUCUCGCUCGAACGUUUAUUGUUUUUGUUCCGUUAAAUUCGCUAGAAUUUUAUCCCGUGCAAAGUUUUGCUGUGAUACUCACGUUUACGUUAACCGUAACAGGUCUACCGAGACUUUUUCGUGCGAAUAAAUUUGAAACCGGGGCAAUAUUUUCGACGUACUGGAAUUUUUAACCAUUACCUACUUACCCUAUUAUUGUUUAUGUUGUAUUAUUAAUUUUAGUAUAUUAUUAAGCAUAUCAUCACAUUAACCUACCUGACCUUAUUUAUUAAUUUUAUGUAGGGGCGUAGCGUAUUAUUUUUGAGGUUAUUGACCGAUCGUAAAAGAAAUAACUUACCGUCACACAAAAUAUAAACUGUCUUUUGUUUUUCGAUACAAGAGAAUCGGUCAACUGUCUAGUUAAGGAGUCUUAUUAAUUAUUCACCACGUUAUCGUUAAAUCUUCCUUCCACGCGAGAAAAAUAGCGUACGUAUCGUUAAACGUUCACUUCAUUAAACGCGUACGCUAUUUUCGAUUGGUGUUUUACGUAAUAUCUAGCAUAUGAUAACCAAAAUGUGAUUUUAUAAUCUGAGAUUACUAAAUGUGCAAAUAUUUUUAUUAUCUUAAGUAUUUAGGUUUUGCUAAAAAUUUUAAGGAGCUUGUUACUAUUAAUUAUACAGAUUAUAUUAAGUAUAUUAUAGGCUUUUUUUUAAAAAGGAUAUGUUUUGUAAAAUAAUCUUAAAGGUACCGUAAUUUUCUGUAUAUUAAAUGAGGAAGUAUUUUUUUUAUGUGUCGCUUGUGUUUAUUAUUACUAUUGCUUAAAAAUACAAUAUAUAGAGAG